AUGGCCCAAGCCGAAGCUUUCAUUGAAGAUUGGAAAGGGGCGUAUGCUGAAGUUUGGAGCGAGUUGAUAAAGGAAGCAUUGGAUAGAGGUUUCAGACCUAGCGACAUUCGAGCUUUAGGGUCUCGCGGGAUGGGGAUUUUCACUGAAGUAUUCCUAUACAAGCCUGUCAGAUCAACCGAUAUCGAGAAGAUCACAGAAAAGACAAAGAAACAGCUUCGUCUACAAGACAGCAAGCGCAAAGGCUGA